CGAUAAAAACAAGCCAGUCAGCUGGUGCAAAAGCAACAACAUCGUCAGGGUGUCCGACCGACACAGAAUAGCUCAGCAAGCUAACUUUCUCAACGUUAGCUAUAUGUGGCAGUCGGCGGUGUUUGACAGUAUACGUGUCCGCUUUUAGACUGUGUUGAGGCAGCGUUUUAGGCAGUCGACGUCCGUCGGACUCUUCCAACAACUGCUAGAAUUUGAACAACAAGGUUAACGUUACAUCACAUCUGGUCGUAGAGAUUUGCUUGACCGCACCAUAAAUUCGUCUUCUGCCGCAAUUGCUGUUACAAUCUAAGUCGUCCUGACCUGACCUGACCUGAGAUGAGUGGUCAAGGUUCGGCUGCAGAUAAAGGGAUGAACGCGGUCCUGGGCUGUCAGGAGAACUACGCCUGUGGGGGUUCAGAUGAGGCUGCGUUUGAAUGCGAUGAAUGCGGCAGCUUGCAGUGCGCCCGCUGCGAACUGGAGCUCCAUCGCCAGGAGCGGAUGAGGAAUCACGACCGGGUUCGGAUUGCACCGGGCCACGUUCCUUUCUGCGACUCGUGCAAAGGUGACAGCAGCUGCUCCGUCAACGGCGGGCGGCUCAGAGCAGUGGUGCGCUGCCAGGGCUGUAAGAGCAACCUGUGUUUGGACUGCCAGAAACGCACCCACAGUGGAGUCAACAAGAGGAAGCACCCUCUGACACCGUACCCCCCUGCCAAAGCGCCCCAGGACAACAGCGAGACUGCUGGGGAGUCACAGAUGGAGAUCCUGAAAGCCGAGCUGGAGAAGGUGUGCAGCUUCCUUCUGGUGGACGAGAGGGAGGAGAUGCAGGUGAAGGAUGAGGAGGACUUUGUGAGCAGACUGGGCUGCAGGUCAGAUGAGCUCCUCAAAGUGGUCUCCAUCUUUGGAAACACCGGGGAGGGCAAGUCCCACACCCUGAACCAUACUUUUUUCCUUGGACGUGAAGUGUUCAAGACCUCCCCCACCCAAGAGUCCUGCACCGUGGGUGUGUGGGCAGCUAUGGACCCUAUGCACCGCGUGGUAGUCAUCGACACAGAAGGACUGCUUGGGGCUGGAGCAAAUCAAGGUCAACGAACACGCCUGCUCCUCAAAGUCCUGGCUAUCUGUGAUGUGGUCAUCUACCGAACCCAUGCCGACCGCCUCCACGAUGACCUCUUCAAGUUCCUCGGUGAUGCAUCAGACGCCUACUUGAAACAUUUCACCAGGGAGCUGAAAGCGACUACCACCCGCUGUGGUCUGGACGUCCCGUUGUCCACUCUGGGCCCUGCUGUGAUCAUCUUCCAUGAGACGGUGCACACCAAGCUUCUAGGAUCAGACAAACCAUCCGAAUCGGCAGAGCGUCUUCUCCAGGAGCGCUUCAGGAAGCUGGGUCUGUUUCCAGAAGCAUUCAGCUCCAUCCAGUACCGUGGAACCCGGACCUACAACCCCCCCACAGACUUCAGCGGUCUGCUGCGCAGCCUGGAGCAACAGCUGGACAACAACACCACCCGCUCGCCACGCUCUGCAAGCGUCAUCUGCAAGGCUCUGCAGGCCCUGAGCGAGCGCUUCAGCGGGGAGAUUUCAGAUGAGCACAUGGCCAGUAACUCAUUCUUUCCCGAUGAGUACUUUACCUGCUCCAGCCUCUGCCUCAGCUGUGGUUCAGGCUGUAAGAGGAGCAUGAAUCACCUAAAAGAAGGACUCGACCACGAAGCCAAACAUCGCUGCCGCUACUCUGCACAGUAUGACAACCGCAUCUACACUUGCAAGGCCUGCUAUGAGGGAGGGAAGGAGGUAAUAGUGGUUCCCAAAACGACAGCCUCGUCUGACUCACCGUGGUUUGGCUUGGCCAUCUACGCCUGGUCCGGGUAUGUAAUCGAGUGCCCCAACUGUGCAGUGAUCUACAGAAGCAGGCAGUACUGGUAUGGAAACCAGGACCCAGUGGAAACAGUGGUCAGAACAGAGAUCCAGCACAUCUGGCCUGGGUCUGACGGUUUUUUGAAAGACAACAACAACGCCGCCCAGAGGUUGCUGGAUGGAGUCAAAUACAUUUCUCAGUCAGUGUCUGAACUCAGCGUCAAGCCUGCCAAAGCAGUCACCUCGUGGCUUACCGACCAGAUCGCUCCGACCUACUGGAAGCCCAACUCUCUCAUCCUGAAAUGCCAUAAAUGUGGGGAAGAGUUCCAGCCCAAUGACACCAAGCACCACUGUCGUGCCUGUGGAGAGGGCUUCUGUGAGUCCUGCUCCUCAAAAACCCGGCCGGUCCCAGAGAGGGGCUGGGGGCUCGCACCUGUCCGAGUCUGCGAGACGUGUUUCCACAACAGGGGAAUCCCAACAGAGUUGCUGGACGCUGCCUUGGAGGAGGAGGGAGGCACCCUGAUAGCCAGGAAGGUUGGGGAGGUGGUUCAGAACACUUUAGGGGCUGUAGUCGGUGCCAUCGACAUACCUCUCGGCCUGGUGAAGGAUGCCGCUCGUCCGGCCUACUGGGUCCCAGAUCAGGACAUCCACGCCUGCAGCGAGUGCCAGAGGGAGUUCUCCCCGCGGCUCUCCAUCCACCACUGCCGCGCCUGUGGCCAGGGAGUGUGCGACGACUGCUCCCAGGAGCGGCGCGCCGUGCCCUCCCGCGGAUGGGACCACCCCGUGAGGGUCUGCAACGGCUGCAACCAGAAACCCGGGGAGCUUUAGCAGGACGAGGGCGCCGGCCUCUGUGAAAACUGGAAUUGUCAACAUUUCUGACAUGUGGCGGAAAAAAUGCUUCCGUUCCCCUUUGGUCUCUUUAGUGGCAUUCCUUGGCUGCCACUAGACUGUCCGUGGCAGGUUGGACUCUUGUUUGUUGUUUUUCCGACGCUAUUUCACUUUAAUAUGCCUAUAUUUUACACUGUGAAGAAUAUCAGUCAGAGUGAGACUUGAAUAUCAAGAAGGGAGGUGAGAUAAAAGAACUUGCAUCUUAUGAAAGGGAGUACUGUACCCGCUUGCUUACAAUUUGAGUUCAGGUAAAUUUCCAUUUGACCUCUUUUUGAUCCUUUUUAAAAUGUGUAUUGAUGCACAUGAACCCCUUUGACAAUCCCUCCCCAGUGUGACACACUAGUACUGUUAGAACCUUUUGUAGUCUGGGGCUACAUGUGUGAACUGUUUAAUAAUAGGACUGAUUCCAGGUAAGCAUUUUAUUCUAAGAAUGUUUCUGCAGGAGCCCUGGGUGUCGCAUUCAUCGAUGGAAAACCUGCAACGAGAUCUAUCACGAUUGUUUCUGAUCCUUGUUAGAAUGGAUCCAGUUUUCCUUCCUUCAGCCCUGGAAGCUUUAACUUUUCUGCCGCCCUUUUAGCUUCAGGAGGAUUUAGAACAAUCGGAAGCCUUUGAUGUACUGUAGCACCGAGAGACAUUCCAACUUAUAUCAUUAUCGUAUUAACUUCUUACAUAAUCCCUCAAUACUUUGUGGUUGUUUGUGCAUUUGAAUGGGCAGAUAAUAGAGCAGCCUUAGUAAGGCUGUCCACAUUGUUUAGAUUUUGCGUACACACAAGUUUAUAGGGAAUUUUUUAAAUGGCCUCAAUUUGUUUUUUAAAUUGUUAAAACUACUAAAAAAAUAUAUCUACAAAUCUGACUGCAUUGGGAUGAAAUGCAACAGGAACGGCUUUUAAGGAGUGGCUGGCUCACAGUAGCAUCAUGGUACAGAAAAGACUUGAAGCCAUCUUUGAGGCUGGCCCCUCAAACUGGGAAACAAAAGCUAGGAGUAAUCUGUUACUCUUCCAACUCAGGCUGAGUAGCUAGUUAGAUCGUAGCACCACGUUUGAGACUGUACUGCACAUUUAUCUGACAAACGCACACGAUGACGCAGUGACGCUUUUGACUGAACACCUGGGCAUUGUGAGCGCUGACUGUCGGGAUGGGUAACCUGGGUUGUUUUUUCUGGCAACAAAUAAGCUGAAACACUAACCUGAAUCAGUGAACUGUCAUUGUUCCUAUUUCAAGAGAUGUAACGAAUGUCACAAGGAACAAAUCAAUACUUUUAUGAUCAUGUAUGCUCAUACAGUAUGUAUUAAACUGCAGAAACUCA